ACGCACGUCAUGCGCAGGUACUCCACGACUGCGCUCUCCCUUUGAUUGACACCGAACAUGGGCGCGCACGGAAAUACACAUGUCCACGUUCUCUAUACGCGCAUACUUUAGCGCCUGUGGGUGCCUGUCGGUUAUAGUCGAUGACAGCAGUCAUUCCACAUUAGAGUGACUGCGUGUCCUUUGACCUCUGUCGCUUCCAAAAUAGAGAGACGACCUUGUGCAGACUUGAGUCAGAGCUGCAGUUGUUGACUACGCAAGUCAAAGAGUUCCACACGUUGGACUUGUGAGGGGGAAAACAAAGUAGUUACGCCUAAGUGUUCCUGCAGGAGUUGUGAUGUUUGUCACCGCCUCAACACUGAAUCAGAUCACGGACUAAAAGUUGGCAUCACUUUAAAAGUUUUGGUGAAGACUAAACUUCAGCAGAAACAAGACUCUUGUCAUCACUCCAGGUGCUCGUCUUAUGGGUCCACUGUGCCUUACAAACUCCAAGUGACGCCAGUUGAUCUGCAUCCACACGUUCUUUUGAUCCCUACUGUCUGCAUUAACCAGUGGAGGGUGAUGAGGUUGGUGGGGAUCUUGCAGCUUGUUCUGCUUUUGGCCUUGACCUCCAGGGCCACAGGCUUCAGUAUCCCUCUGGAAGUGGAGCAACCUCCAACCAUAAUAUCUCACUCAUCUGGUCCCAUUAUCGCCCUUCCUUUUGACCAAACCAUAAAGAUUAAGUGUGAAGCCAAGGGCAACCCACCACCAGAAUACAGAUGGACAAAAGAUGGCGAAGACUUUAUCCCUCACAUCACAACAAACAAAACAGACCACACAGGUGGAACCUUUGUGCUUCACAACAAGCACCAUGUUCAGUUUCAGGGUAAAUACAGAUGCUAUGCUUCCAACAAACUCGGAACUGCCAUGACGGAGGAGAUUGAACUAAUAUUUCCCAGUGUCCCCAAGUUUCUAAAGGAAAAACCUUCACCCAUUGUUGUUGAGGAAGGAGAUCCAAUCAUCCUGCACUGUAAUCCUCCAGAAGGCGUAGCCCCACGUCAAAUUUACUGGAUGUCUAUUGGUCUCCAGCAUAUUGAGCAGGAUGAGAGGGUUUCCAUGGGCACUGAUGGCAACCUGUACUUCUCUAAUGCCCUACAGAAAGACAGUCGUCAAGACUACUGUUGCUUUGCUGCCUUCUCCAGAAUACGCACCAUCGUCCAGAAAACUCCCAUGGCUGUUGUGGUCAAGAGCUUGAAAGCUGACAAUGAAUCUGCUGACGGUGGUGAUGCCACUGACGCCCCCCCAGUGAGAAUACCCAGCCUGCUGCUGCCCUCUGGUGUCCAGACUGAGAAGGUGCUGUUGAAAGGAGAGACUCUGGAGCUUGAGUGUAUACCACAGGGAUAUCCUACUCCAGAGAUAAAAUGGAUGAAAAUGGGAGAAAAGCUGCAUCCACGGACAAAAUUUAUGAACUUUGGAAAGCAGUUGACCAUAUCUGCUGUGGAAGAAAGGGAUGCAGGAAAAUACAUGUGUACAGCCAAAAACACUGCUGGACAGGCUGUCCACUACUUUGAUGUGAUAGUGGAAGAGCCGCCAAAGUGGCUGACAGAGCCUCCUCAGAGCCAGCUGACUGUGAUUGGGUCUGAUGUUCACAUCAAGUGCUCGGUCAGUGGAAAACCACCACCAGACAUAACAUGGAGGAGGAAUGGAGAAUUGUUCAGAGAUGACCCACAGAGCAACAGGCGGGUGCUUGAUGACACUGUGGUGCUCCAUAACGCCAGACCAGAGGACAGUGCCAUCUACCAGUGUGACGCCUCCAACAGUCACGGCAGUAUUCUAGCCAACAUUAACAUCAUGGUCAUGAAUAUGGCUCCACGGAUAUUGACAAGAGACUACCAAGAGUAUGCUGUAGUACUGGGAGGGGACAUCAUCAUGAACUGCAGUGUUUUCAGCUCCCCACCACCUGCCAUCUCUUGGGUCAAAUAUGAGACUCCAGAAACCAACGAGGGGGACCGACUUUUCACACUUCCAAAUGGAUCUUUGCAAAUCAUCAGUGCAGAAAAAAACGACAGUGGAAAAUAUGUGUGUGUUGCCUUUAACACGGAGGGCAAGUCGGCUGUCAAUGCUAUACUGGAUGUGAAAGACCCGACAGAAAUAGUAGAUCCACCUCAGGAUGCACAGAUCAUCAGUGGGACCACAGCUCAGUUUGUGUGCCAGGCAGCCUAUGAUAAAAGCCUGAAAGGCUCCUUUGAGGUGAUAUGGAGGAAGGAUGGACAGGAGAUCUCACUUUCCUUUGAGGAAAAUUCCAAAUACUUUGUGGAUGAUGGCAUGCUGCAGAUCAUGAAUGUGAACCUGAGUGAUCAGGGACUAUACACAUGCAUUGCUAGAACCAGCAUAGACCAGGACAAUGCCACUGCACUACUCACCGUAUUGGACAUUCCUGAUGCCCCCCAAAAUUUACAAAUGUCUGAACUUAAGAGUCCAAGGAACGUUUUGCUGUCUUGGGUUCCUGGGAGUGAUCACAACAGCUCUGUAACAGAAUUUAUAGUGGAGUGUGAGGAGAACCAAUGGGAGCCCGGCAGGUGGAAGGAGCUACAGAAAGUCCCUGGUAACCAGGCAACAGCCGAGCUGGCACUACACGGACACCUUAACUACCAGUUCAGAGUGUAUGCUGUUAAUGUUGUUGGACCGGGACCCCCCAGUGAGCCCACUGAGAGAUACAAAACACCCCCUGCUGCUCCUGAUAGAAACCCACAAAAUAUAAAAAUUCAAGGCCAUCUUCCUCAUCAAAUGGACAUUAGCUGGGAGCCACUGUUGCCUAUUGAACACAAUGGCCCAGGUCUCGAGUACAAGGUGAGCUACAGGAAACUGGGGGUGGAAGAUAUCUGGAGGGAGCAUCUGGUCAAAAGGCACUCCUUUGUGGUGAGGAACACUUCCACCUUUGUCCCCUACGAGAUCAAAAUCCAGAGCCGAAACAGCCACGGCUGGGGACCAGAACCUGAAGUUGUUACUGGUUACUCUGGAGAAGAUGUCCCCACUGCAGCACCACGGGAUGUAGCAGUGGAGGUGUUCAACACCACUGUUCUGAGAGUUAGCUGGACCCCGGCUCCACCUACCACAGUGAGAGGUCAUCUAGGGGGCUAUGAUGUACGCUGGUUGAGAAAACGGAGCCUGCUGAAUCCCAACAAGAUUUUAGAUGAACGCCAGUCCAUGUCUUUUCCUGGGAAUAGGAGUCAUGCCAUCGUGCCAAGCCUUGAACCUUUCUCUGAAUACAGACUCACUGUCAACGUUUUCAACAAGAAAGGAAAUGGGCCCAACAGUGAUCCGGUCACCUUCAGCACUCCAGAGGGAGUUCCUGAGCAAGUGCCCAUCCUGACGGCCUCUGAUGCCCAGGAUGACUCCAUUUUGCUGGUAUGGGGUCCACCCCUGGUAGCAAACGGCAUCCUCACUGGUUAUCUUCUGCAGUACCACCUCAUUAAUGAGACCACACUGGAGGUGGUUGAUUCCCAGGAGAUAAACAUCACUGUGGCUGACACCACCCAGUGGCAGCUUCAGGGCUUAAAGGAGGGCAGCCUCUACCGCUUCCAUCUCUCUGCCUGCACUCGAGCUGGUUGUGGACCUCCGCUGGCCCAGGAGAGCAGCACUGUUGUUCUAGGACUUCCGGCCCUGUUGAACAUAAGCUCUUAUGUGAGUGACACCUUUGCCAAAAUCAGCUGGACUGCCAGAGAGGAGCAGCAGGACUCGCAGCUUUAUGUGGCUUAUAUGAAUAACCGUGAUGGUAACUGGCGGAUUUCAGAGGCUGUUAACACUUCUCAAAGUUUCCACGUAAUUGAUGGGCUCCACCCUGGGGCGGUGUACACUGUACGCCUCAUGGCCAAGAGGCUGCUCGAUAACGCUAGCAUUUUCGAAGAUGUUAUCCAGACUCAAGUCAAAGGUGCGGAAGGUCAGCGGAGAGACAUUUCAACCCAGGGCUGGAUCAUUGGGACCAUGUGUGCUGUGGUGCUCCUCACCCUUGUUGCACUCAUGGCCUGCUUUGUUAGGAGAAACAAAGGUGGCAAGUAUGCAGGUACGCCAUCGCCGAACCAGCGACGAGACAUGUUCUCCAUGGAAAAAGUGAAAGAGAAGGAAGACCUCCACCUUGACGUGGAGUCACAAGGAAUGAAUGAUGACACCUUCUGUGAAUACAGUGACAGCGAUGAGAAGCCACUGAAGGGCAGUGGCUUGUCUUCCCUGAAUGGCGAUGACGCAGUGGGGGACGGCGUCAGCAGAGACAGCCUGGUUGACUACGCUGACGGUGGAGGAGAAUUCAAUGAGGACGGUUCAUUUAUCGGAGAAUAUUCCGGCCGCAGGCACGGAGGCUCUGUUAGCGAGCCCAGUGGACCCAGUACAGUCACUGCAUAAAGCCAAGCUCCAGCUGAAACGGUCUACUUCAAAUCCUUUCAAGAUACUUUUUAAAUUCAGCUUCCCCUGGUAUUAAAUAUAGCCUGAAUAGCCAAAUAUUUGAAAUUUUUUAUUUUUAUUUUUUACAGCAGGCUGAAGGACCAUACACAUCAGUGUAAAUACCAUGCAAGUUUUUGUACAAACUGUAAGAGAAUGACCUGUAUCAUUUGAGUGUUUCAUGAUUUUAUUAAUGAUAAUAAAAAAAAUGUAAUUGCUUUUUA